UUUACUUUUUCUUCUGGCUAGCGACGAUUAUUUUUCAUUUUCAAUUUCUUGUCCUGAAGCCCUCAGAUAGAUUCGAUACCAAGGAAACGACCCAAAUCGGAGACCAAACCCCCAAAACGGAACCCUAAGUCAUCUUCUCCUUCCCCGAUGAGAUCACUACCCGAGCCAUCGGGAAGCUUCUUCCCUUCCAGGGAAGAGUUUGUGACACUCCUGACGGUGUUGCUUGUCGCUUGUGCAGUAGCUUUUGGCUGCAGUUUCCUCGCUAACCAUCUGGGCUCAAACCCUAAAUCUUUCUGCGACAGUAACUUAGAUUCCAUCGACUCUGAUUUAGAUUUAUGCGAACCCUGUCCAAUAAAUGGAGAAUGCUACCAAGGGAAGUUGCAAUGUAACCAUGGAUACAGAAAGCAAGGAAAUUUAUGCAUAGAAGAUGGAGAAAUCAAUGAAUCAACCAAGAAAUUGGUUGGGCAUUUCGAGAGAAAAGUUUGUGAGGCAUAUGCUCAUAAUGAAUGCUAUGGUACUGGAGAAACUUGGGUUUCAGAGAAUGAUGUUUGGAAAGAUUUACGUAUCAACGGUUUCGUUAAAAACUUAGACGAGGCUGCUUACAAUUUUGUGAAAGCAAAAGCUGGAGGAGCUGUAGCGGAUUUGCUAGAGAAAAGGACUAAUUCUAAUGGGAUCAAUGAGUUGAAGUGCCCUGAAUUGCUAAUGGCAAGUUACAAACCCAUGACUUGUCGCAUAAAUCAAUGGCUCUUGCAGCACAUCUUCAUCAUCUCGUCCUCAUGUGUAAUGCUUGUGGCCUUCGCAGUAUUGCGUAGGAAAAUUCAGCGGAAGCGACAAUUUUCAAAUAGAGUUGAAGAACUAUACGACCAGGUUUGUGACUUCCUGGAAGAGAAUGCAAUGACAUCAAAUUCUGCAGAGAAUAGUAAUAACUGCGAGCCUUGGGUUAUCGCAUCACGGUUACGUGAUCAUCUGCUUUUGCCUAGAGAAAGAAGAGAUCCUCUGUUAUGGAGUAUGGUCGAGAAGUUGAUACAGGAGGAUUCACGUAUAGAUCGAUAUCCGAAAAUUAUCAAAGGUGAACAGAAGGUUGUAUGGGAAUGGCAAGUUGAAGGCUCACUUAGUUUAUCAAAGUUGAAGAAGCGAGGACACAUGCAGAAGAAAUUUAGACAAGUUCAUUAUUCAAGAACCAUGCAAGAAAAUUACAACCGAGGAAUUGCUGAGACAAGUUCGUAGUACAUUUUACGAAAGAGGAAUUUAGAAACUUGUUGUGAUUACUCAGGGAAGCAUUGUCGAUUUUUUUUUUUUGUUGCUUCUGUUCAUGAUGAUGAUUGAAGUUGUAAUAGAUGAAGAAGAGUAGUGACUUAGGUUGUGUUGAAAGUGAAUACUUUGUGGGAGUCUUGUUUGGAUUUGUGAAUUUUACUGUAGCCACCAAUCUGAUUUCAUCGAGUCUUCUGUUGAAUUGAACUUGAAGCUCGUUAAAGAACUACACAGAAUGAGAGAGGUUUGAAUUAGAAUGCAGAAUAAUAUGAGCCAAAAGUUAUUUGCCUUGUUUUUUUUCCUUUUCAUGGAGAAAUUCUCAUAUGAUUAAUGUAUGAUUUGGUCCAAGAUUCUUUUUGUUUAUGGUCCACAUUAGAGUAAUAAAUUAUUCAG